GACUGCAAAUCAAUAAACUUUAUUUACCGUUAUGUGCAAUUUAUGUGGACCGGUUCAUAAAAUACAACAUGACCAAAAAGACAUAAGUCCAAUUUGUAUUCAGAGUAGAAUAAACAGGAAAUCCACUACAAACUGAAUGACUUAGGUUGACAUCAAAUAGACUUGUCAAAACAAAAUGAAACAUGGACAGCACGCCUUCCUUCAAUUCGAGAAGUAAGACUGCUUGGAUGGGGACCAAAGCAGAAUUAUAUUUGGGGGCCCUACAUGCAGUUUAAAACGUCAGCAUCACCAACAUCGCCAUCUUUGUUGCUUUGCACACAGUGUGUUUAACAGAACAUGCUUGAGUCAACACAGAAUUCCUUAAAUUCGCCGGAUGACAGAAUAUGACUUUACAAUAUCUAAACAAAUAAAUAAAUAAAAGUACUUGAGAUAAAGAAGUGUAAACCACUGGGAUAACAUUUCCUUCUAUAGUUCAAUUGUCUUUCAGUUAUUGAUCAUUGCGUGAAGUGUGACGUCACAACAAGCACAGUCCGCAUAAUAUUCAUAAAUCACCACAGGAGCAUUGAACUUUGACUAUGAUACAAGUGAAACUUUUGAGAAUUUUCUUUGUUAAAUCACUUUUUUGGCGCCCCCUGCAGGCUUCGGGGCCCUAUGGCGCGGCUUUAGAUACAACUUUAAAAGUAUCCGUUUAGCUUAGCUCAUCAUCCAAAAGAAGCGUCGUCAUGUCCAAAGCUUCAGCAACAAAGUCAACCACAGCUCUUAAAGCCCCCCCUCCCCUCCAGGACGGGCCCGUCCAUAGACAUAAUAAAAUUCUUCUUUAUGUCUAUGGACCCCCUCUCCGGACGGUGGCGUAGACGAAAAGGAAAAAGAAAAAUGACGUCUUUUCCGGUGUUUGUAAAUCGCGGGUUCGCUACAAAAAUUAAAGAAUGGCGUCUAAAAGAGGUGCUCUCAUUGUCCUGGAGGGGGUGGACAGAGCCGGGAAGACGACACAGUGCAAGAAGCUGGUCCAGGCGCUGCAGCAGAGCGGCCGGCCGGCAGAGAUGAUGAGGUUUCCCGACAGGAGCACAACCAUUGGGCAGCUCAUCAGCGCCUACCUGGAGAAGAAGAGCGACCUGGAGGACCACACGGUGCACCUCCUGUUCUCUGCGAACCGCUGGGAGCUGGUGCCUGUAAUGAAGAAGAAGCUGGAUCAGGGCAUCACGCUGGUGGUGGACCGGUACGCCUUCUCCGGAGUCGCCUUCACCAGCGCCAAGCCGGGCUUCUGCCUGGACUGGUGCAAGCGACCCGACGUGGGCCUGCCCAAACCCGACCUGGUCAUGUUCCUGCAGCUGAACCCGGCCGAGGCCGCACUUCGAGGUCAGUUCGGCAACGAACGAUACGAAACGAGCGCAUUCCAGAGAUCGGUGCAGGAGAAGUUUGAGGAGCUCAUGAAAGAUCCGUCUGUCAACUGGCAGGUCAUUGAUGCCUCCCAGAACGUCGAAGGAGUUCACGCAGACAUCAGAACACACAGCCUCAACGCCAUCAACGAAACCCAGAACAUGCCUCUAGGGGAGCUGUGGAAGUGAGCCUGAGCCGGUCACAAUGAAUGAUACGACGGCAUACAAGGGCCAUUGUAGACAAAGUUUUUAAAAAGGAAAA